AUGGUUCCUAUUCUCUAUGGCUCGCAAACAGGAACAUCAAUCUAUGUUAGUAAAUUAAUAGAAAGAGCAAUUCUGCAUGGAUAUGAUGCAAAAACGAUUUACAAUUUGGAAAAUUUCUCCUCUAGUCAAGACCAGGGAGGUACGUCUCUAGUGAUGGAGAUGGAUCUUUUUGACAUUGAAAAGAUCAUUGACACAGAUUUUAUUAUAUUUGUGUGCUCAACUCAUGGAGACGGAACAGAGCCGUUCAAUAUGUCCAAGUUCUGGUCCUUUCUUUCCAAUAAUGAUCUUCCAAACACCAUCUUGUCGCACUUGAACUUUGCUGUUUUUGGACUUGGGGACUCUUCAUAUGAAAAGUUCAACUACUGCUCUAAAAGGCUUUUCAAUAGACUUAAGAUGCUUGGGGGAAAGCCUAUUCUAAGACGAGGGAGCGGCGAUUCACAGGAUAGGGAAGGAUUUCUUUCUGAUCUUAGGCCUUGGCUGCUGGAGCUUGUAACUUGCAUGAAGAAUUACAAGAUAAAGCAUAUUAGCCUCAUUUCUCCUGGGCCCGAAGAGUACUCUUCGAGGCUAGUUAGAAGAAGACUACUAACACCCGAAGACCACUUUCAAAAGAUAGUGGAGCUUGUCUUUGAUAUCCCUGAGUAUAGGAGGUUUUCUCCUGGAGACUGCCUAUCAUUUCUCCCAGAAAACUACAACUACAGGGAGUUCAUGAGAUACAACGGCAUAGAAGAGGAAGAUGUAGAUGGGGUAUCAUCCACGUGGCUGGUGAAGCGGGUUAUAGACUUUAAUGCACAACCAUGCCAGCCUUUCUUUUUUGCACUUGGAUACUUCCUGGAUAGGAGAGCUGAUGUCGAAGAAGAAAUCCUUUUGAAAGUAGAGGAGAUUGCUCAGGAUUAUGAUCUAUAUUAUGACUAUAUAGUCAGGCCAAGAAGAACGAUAUUUGAAGUUCUCGAGGAUCUAAAAGUGAGGGUUGACAUUACAUUCCUUAAAAGGUUUUGCCCCACUCUGUAUCCAAGGUUCUUUUCAGUGACAAAGAAGGAAGGCCUUUACCACAUCACUGUUUCCAUUGUAAGGUACAAAACCCUUCUUGCCCAGCCUAGAAAGGGUGUUUGCUCUGAGUACCUAAUGGGCAUCAGUCUGAAUGAUACAGUUAGGGUGGGCGUUGGAAGAAGCAAUCUGUACUUCGACUCAGACAAGCUAUUGUUUAUAUGUACAGGAACCGGAAUAGCCUUGCCAAGAGCCUGUGUGCAUGAGUUUAAAGAUAAGGAAAUCAUUAUAUUUUACGGAUUCAGAAACAGGGACAAAGAUUUCCUAUACUCCGACGAAUGGAAUGGUGAAAAUGUGAGGAUGAUUCCUGCAGCCUCCAGGGACGACAAGGUAUAUGUGCAAGACAUCUUCAGGAAAAGCCCUGUUGCAGGUAUUGAUCAGUAUUUGAUCUUUGUGAGUGGAAACUCAAGAUUAAAUAGGGUUGUAAGAGAACUACUACAAGAUGUAUACGGAAAAGCGAUUGUGUUCCAAUCGGAAACAUGGUAA